CUUCCUUCCCCUCUUCUUCCCCACACCAAACUACAAUCUCCUCUGUUUUCCUCUGCUUCAAAAAUGGCUUCCAUUGCCUCCACUCUCACCACCAAGCUCCAAAAACCUUCUUUACUUCAUGAUUCCUCUUUCCAUGGCACACCUCUCGCCUCUCCUUCUUCUCUCCGCCUCAAAUCCACCGCCGCCACGUCCCUCACCAUCUCUGCCUCCGCCUCUCAGCCUCCCUACGAUUUAAACCAAUUCAAAUUCAACCCUAUCAGAGAAUCUAUUGUCUCUCGAGAGAUGACCCGUCGAUACAUGACCGAUAUGAUCACCUACGCUGAUACUGACGUUGUCAUCGUCGGCGCUGGCUCCGCCGGCCUCUCUUGCGCUUACGAACUCAGCAAAAACCCCAAUAUUCGUAUUGCCAUCAUCGAACAAUCCGUCAGCCCCGGUGGCGGUGCAUGGCUCGGCGGCCAACUCUUCUCUGCUAUGGUGGUUCGUAAGCCAGCUCAUUUGUUCUUGGAUGAGGUGGGUGUGGAGUAUGACGAGCAAGACGACUAUGUCGUGAUAAAGCACGCGGCUCUGUUCACGUCGACGAUCAUGAGCAAGCUCUUGGCCCGGCCGAACGUGAAGCUGUUCAACGCCGUGGCGGCAGAGGAUUUGAUUGUCAAGGGCGGCAGAGUUGGCGGUGUUGUCACCAACUGGGCUCUUGUGUCAAUGAACCAUGACACGCAGUCCUGCAUGGACCCCAAUGUGAUGGAGGCUAAGGUGGUUGUGAGCUCUUGUGGCCACGAUGGACCUUUUGGCGCUACCGGAGUCAAGCGCCUCAAGAGCAUCGGCAUGAUUGAUAGUGUCCCGGGAAUGAAGGCCCUUGACAUGAACACUGCUGAGGAUGCCAUUGUUCGAUUCACUCGAGAGGUCGUUCCUGGCAUGAUUGUCACCGGCAUGGAGGUUGCGGAGAUCGAUGGAGCUCCAAGAAUGGGGCCAACGUUCGGGGCGAUGAUGAUAUCAGGGCAGAAGGCAGCACACUUGGCACUAAAGUCAUUGGGAGAGGCGAACAGCAUUGGGGAUGAAGGAGAGAUGGGAGAAAGAAAGGUUGGACUUGAAGAGGAAGAGUUGCUACUGGCGGCGGGAGAGUCACCGGAAGUUGCAGAUGCUUAAAGUGUUUAGUAGCCGGCGGAUGUUGAUUUGGAAGAAAUAUUUGCUUUUGGGUUUUAUGGUGCUGUUUGUUUGUUUGUAGUGAGUUUUCAGUAAACGAAAAGGGGCGAUGGUUGUGUUUGGCUUUUUUGUGUUUUCAUAACACAAUAGGGUUUGGGGAAAGACAAAAAAUAUCAGUUGCCUUUUUCUCCCUCUCUUCUUUUUUUUUAUUUUGUUAAUAAAAAUGCCUUUCCAAAA